ACACCGCCAGGGGGCGGCGGAGGGAGGAAGAGGAGGAAAAUGGGGCGGGGGAGGAAGGAGACGCUCGGCCCCACAUCCGGGGCGGUGCUUCUUUGGGGGUCUUUGGGGCCUCCCCGACCCUAAAAAACGACCCCAAAACGCGACCCCCCCUCCACCCCAACCCCUGCCGAGGGUGAAGGGCCAUGCAGGAGAACUACGAGAAUGUCAUCUCGUUGGCUGAGGAGAUCGCCAUCAGUUGGCCCCGGAUAACGGCCUUCGCCGAAUCGCAGCGGCGCCGCGGGAUGGGGCAGGGCACCGACGCCGACUGCGACCCCCACCCCACAGAAGCCGCCCCCCCAGCGCCUCUGGGGUCCGGGUCUGGGGUCGGGGGGACCCCGGAUUUGAGGAGGCAGUUGGGGCUGCUGCUGCAGACGGCGGGGCGCUGCCAGGUGGAAAGGAUGCUGCGGGAGCUGGUGCGGGAACAGGGCCCAGCGGGGAACCGGCGAGGGAGGAGGAGAGCGGCGCGAAGCCCCAGGGAUGGAGGUGCCGGCGCCGAGGACCCAUCCCCAAACGGAGCGGAUCCAUCUUCAUCCCCAUCUCAACCAGAACCCGUUGCCAAAACCCAACGCCGCAGCACCAAGAAGGGUGACCCGACGCCGGCGCCGUGCGCCGAAUGCGCCCGCGGCGCCGCCUCCAAACCACGCUGUUGCCUGGGCUGCUCCCGGCGUUGCCGCGCCGCUGUCGUCGCCGCCGAAAAACCGCACCGUUGCGUGGAGUGCGGCAAAGGCUUCAGCCGUGGUUCCAACCUGACCCAACACCGACGCAUCCACACCGGGGAACGGCCGCACCGUUGCGGGGAUUGCGGCAAAGGUUUCAUCCAACGCUCCGAUCUGGAGCGGCACCGACGCGUGCACACCGGAGAGAGGCCGUAUCCGUGCGGGGAUUGCGGGAAGAGCUUCAGUGUCAGCUCACAUCUGGAUCGGCACCGCCGGACGCAUGCGGGAGCCGUGGUGGGUGCCCGCAGCACCCAUCGCCCGGUGCCCGUAAAUGACGUCGGUUCGUCGGCGUCGCAUCGGUGCCCGGAGUGUGGCAAAGGAUUCGGCCAACGCUCGGCGCUUUCCAAACACCGUAAGACGCACGGAGGCGAACGGCCUCAUCGAUGCGGGGAUUGCGGCAAGAGCUUCAGCCGUGGUUCCAACCUGACCCAACACCGGCGCAUCCACACUGGAGAACGGCCGUUCGCUUGCGGCGAUUGCGGCAAAGGUUUCAUCCAACGCUCUGAUCUGGAGCGGCACCGACGCGUGCACACCGGAGAGAGGCCGUAUCAGUGCGGGGAGUGCGGGAAGAGCUUCAGUGUCAGCUCACAUCUGGAGAGGCACCGGAAGAUCCACGUGGCCGAGCGGUGCCACGAACACGUGGAGGAGUUUUUGGCUGCUCACCGGCACGGCCGGGCCUAUAAGUGUGGGGAGUGCGGGCGUUGCUUUGGCCAAGGGGCCGCCUUGCUGAAGCACCAGCGGGCUCACGCCGGUGGGCGCCCGCCGCCCCAUCAGUGCUCCCAUCAAAGCGACGGGGACGGGGAUGGCACGGCGACGUCGGCACCGCCGGAAAAGCCCUACAAGUGCGGGGAUUGCGGGAAGGGCUUCGGGCAGCGUUCGGCUUUGGUGAAACACCGACGGAUCCACACCGGGGAGAAGCCGUACGCCUGCGGGGAUUGCGGCAAGGGUUUCAUCCAAAAAUCGGACCUGACCAUCCACCGCCGCAUGCACACCGGGGAGAAGCCGUACCGCUGCGGGGAGUGCGGCAAGUGCUUCAGCGUCUCCUCCAAUCUCCUCACCCAUCGGCGCACCCACCUGGGAGAGAAGCCCUACGGCUGCCCCGAGUGCGGCAAGAGCUUCAUCCAGCGCUCCGAGCUCACCAUCCACCGCCGCGUGCACACCGGAGAGAAGCCCUACGCCUGCCCGGCCUGCGGCAAAUGCUUCAGCCGCAGCUCCCACCUCAACCGGCACCGGCGCACCCACGCCGGGGAAAAGACCCCCGCGCCGCCCCCCGCCGACCUCCGAGCCGACGUCGGACCCCCGCCCUUCCCUUCCGCCGGACCCCCCCUGCCGUUGUCCCCCCUGGAGCUGCCCUGGCCUCUCUCCUUCCCCGCCCGAGCCUUUGUGCCCCCUGGCUUCCCACCGCCUGCCGCUGCGGCACCCGCAGCUCCGGCGCCGUCCCUGGCCGAGUGAA